AUGGCCAUGCAACUUGACAUGUCCAACGCCCAGGUCGCCAAAGACGAGAACGGCCGCCCUUUCAUCAUCGUAAGAGACCAGGGAAAGAAGAAGAGACAGCACGGAAACGAAGCUGUCAAGUCGCACAUCCUCGCCGCAAAGACGGUUGCUGCUAUUGUGCGCACCUCUCUCGGUCCCCGUGGUCUCGACAAGAUCCUCAUCUCUCCCGAUGGCGACAUUACCGUCACCAACGACGGCGCUACCAUCCUGUCCCAGAUGGAAAUCUCAAACCACGUAGCCAAGCUGCUAGUCUCGCUCUCGCAAUCUCAAGACUCGGAAAUCGGUGAUGGCACCACUGGUGUCGUUGUCCUUGCCGGCGCUCUCCUCGAGCAGGCUGCCGACCUUAUCGACAAGGGCAUCCACCCCAUCCGCAUCGCUGACGGCUACGACGCCGCUUGUGAGGUUGCCGUCGCCCGCCUCGACCAAAUCUCAGACACCAUCUCCUUUGACAAGGACAACACAGAGAACCUCUUCAAGGUUGCAAAGACCAGUCUAGGAAGUAAGAUUGUCAGCAAGUCACACGACCAGUUCGCUCAGAUCGCUGUGGAUGCCGUCAUGAGUGUCGCUGAUCUGGAACGUCGCGAUGUCGAUUUCGAGCUGAUCAAGGUUGACGGAAAGGUCGGAGGCAGUCUCGAGGACACACUGCUCGUCAAGGGUGUCAUUGUCGACAAGGACUUCUCACACCCCCAGAUGCCUUCGGAAGUCAAGGACGCUAAGCUGGCCAUCCUGACUUGCGCCUUCGAGCCCCCAAAGCCCAAGACCAAGCACAAGCUCGAUAUCACCUCGGUCGAGGAGUUCAAGCGCCUGCAAAACUACGAGAGCGAGAAGUUCGCCGAGAUGAUUCAACAGAUCAAGGACACCGGCGCAAAUGUUGUCAUCUGCCAAUGGGGCUUCGACGACGAGGCCAACCAUCUCUUGCUGACCAACAAGCUUCCUGCCGUACGAUGGGUUGGUGGUCCCGAGAUCGAGUUGAUCGCUAUUGCCACAAACGGAAGAAUCGUGCCGCGAUUCGAGGACCUCAGUGCUGACAAGCUUGGAACUGCUGGUGUCGUUAGAGAGAUGAGCUUCGGAACUACCAGAGAGAAGAUGCUUGUCAUUGAGGAAUGCGCCAACAGCAGAGCCGUGACCGUCUUUGUGCGCGGUAGCAACAAGAUGAUCAUCGAUGAAGCCAAGCGCUCAUUGCACGACGCCCUUUGCGUCGUUCGCAACUUGGUCCGCGACAACAGAAUUGUUUACGGUGGUGGUGCUGCAGAAAUUGCCUGCUCGCUAGCAGUCGAGGACGCAGCCGUCAAGUCCCCUGGCCUCGAGCAAUACGCCAUGCGCGCGUUCGCAGAUGCUCUUGACAGUGUGCCUAUGGCUCUUGCAGAGAACUCCGGUCUCAGCCCCAUCGAGACAUUGGCCCACAUCAAGAGCCGACAGGCCAAGGAGGGCAACUCAAGAUUGGGUGUCGACUGCAUGCAGACCGGCAGCAAUGGUGAGACAGCAGAAUAUCAACAUGACACCUUCACAAUGACUAACUUGAAUACAGACAUGAGAGAAAACUUUGUCAUCGACCCCUUGAUCUCUAAGAGACAACAGCUUCUUUUGGCCACACAACUCUGCCGCAUGGUCCUCAAGGUCAACAACGUCAUCAUUGCUGGAAGCGAUGAGAAUGACUUCUAGAUUGUGUGAUACCUUUUUUGCAUGAAACAUUACACGUGGCGUUGACAGCGGAGCCCAAAAGAAAGAGGAUCUGAUUUGGCAUGGAGAAUUGUCAUGUUGCAAGGUAGAAUACCACUGUUUAAAUGUCACCUCAGGACGAGGUCUGCCAAAGUCUCAACCACCAUCUUAGUUUGAGCGGUGCAAGGGAGUGCUCUUGUUACGUGGAGCAAACAAUCCUCAUAAGCGUGUGAAGUGAACCAAAGCAUCUUCUGACACUGAAACACAACGGUCACAGUGAACGAGCGAA